AAAAUUCUUAAUCAAUAUAAGUCUAAGUCCCACUUGGUUGGUUUGGACCGUUUAUUGCCUCAUCCAAACUUCAAAUCCAAUAAUUAGCGAAUUCUAUAAUAUCUUAACCUAGGUCGAGUUCUACAAUAUCAACCCACCAUUGAAGGAAAAAAAAAAGCUUUAUUAAUUAACGUUAUACAUUUAUAAAUGUAAGAUAAUAAUAAUAAUAAAAAUAAUAUUUUAAUGGGUGUUUGCUUGCACGUCCCUAAUAAACAAACACAGAUAUCUAUCUGUCAACAUGACGGCCCAUAUUAAACCCCUCCGGCCUCCGUCUCCAUCUUCUCCACCCUCACUUUCUCUCUCUAUCUCUCUCUCCUUGUCUCUCUCUUCUUCUCUUUUUCUCAAUAUUUUUUCAGGCUACUGCUGGCGCAAAAAUCAAGGGUCCAGAUUCACUCAAGUGAUCAACCCUCCCUGAUCAUGGACCGUCGAUUUCACACUACGUCUUACCCAGAAGACAGCGAACAACACGUAUCUGGAAAUGGUCCGGAUUCUCCCUCCUCCGGAGACGAUAUGAACAAAACGACCUCGUUUGAGGAGCCAUCACCUAAGAAAAGUAAAAGGGGUGUACAGAAGAGAGUUGUGUCAGUGCCGAUUAGUGACGUGGAGGGAUCUAAGAACAAAGGAGAGGCGUAUCCACCGUCCGAUUCGUGGGCCUGGAGGAAGUACGGCCAAAAGCCCAUCAAGGGAUCUCCUUAUCCCAGGGGAUAUUAUCGAUGUAGUAGUUCGAAGGGUUGCCCCGCUAGAAAACAAGUGGAGAGAAGCCGUGUGGACCCCACAAAGCUCAUAAUCACCUACGCUUGCGAUCACAACCAUCCAAUUCCCACCAAAUCACAUUUAUCCACCUCAGCAGCCGCCGCAGUAGCAGCAGCAGCUGCCGCAUCCUCCGCCGCAGCAGCCGGAUCUACACCUGCCACGUCAUCCUCAUCCGGCGCCGAAGAUGCUCUUCCUGCCAAAGCUCCUGAAGGGGUGAUCGCGGUGUUCUCUGGCCAAGCUGAGCUCGUCAGUGAUGGCUCGGCUUCGUUGCUCAGUGGCUGUGGAUAUCGCCACCAGUGGUUCGACGACGACGACGUCGUUUCGACGGCCGUUGUACUGGAGAGCCCGUUUAUGGAGAGAGACGGUGCUUACAUGGACGAUGAUUUUUCGAUGGCGUUUUCUUCGGUAGUGAGUGGGGAGGAUGAGUCUCUGUUUGCCGAUCUCGGUGAGCUACCGGAGUGUUCGGUAGUGUUUCGGCGGCGAAUCGUGGAGCCGGAGGACCAGAACAGGAGGUGUAGCCUGAGUGCGGUUCCCUGCUGCGGCAGCACAGGAUAGGACCCCUGGAUCACCAAUCGUUCUGGCUUAGUUGUUCGAGUCAAAGAGAUUUGAGUAUUUAAUUCGAUAAAUAUUGUCUCAUUGAAACCCUCCUUGGUGGGGUUCCCCGUACCGUAAGAUAGCCCAAAAUUUCUUGUAAAAAUCUUUUUUCUUUCUAAAUUCUCUUAAUCAUUUUUCUUUUUUUGUCUCUAUCAAAAGUGUAAACAAAAAGAAUAAAAAAGUAAGAAAUGGACUUUUUCUCUUUUAUAAA